AUGGGCAGUAACCGUGCCCUCCACCCGGAGGAGCUUUUUAUCAAUGAUUCUGCCCAGGAAUCUCCCGUCAUUGGGCCUCUUCGCAUCAGCAAACAGGGCUCCUCGUCCCCAGCUUCGGCUUCGGGUUCAAGCCCCCCGCCGAAUGCCCCGCUGCCUUACCCCGACGACCGUCAACGUCCUCAAAUGCGCACGUCGAGCUCCAGUGAUCGGUAUCCAGAUGGUCGCUAUGAUUCACCAACAGUUGGAUCUGGCUCCAUAAGUCCGAAUGAAUACCCUUCAGCCUUGCGCCCGCGGGACGGUCGCGAGCCCCGCAUCGCAACCUUGGCUGAGCGCAGAGGUACCGCCCCUAAACCGUUGCCUGAAUCGCCAGGACACGAUGCGCCAGAUCGCGAGGCUCUGGCCGCGAGGAUAUAUCCUCGCCCUCCAGCUGGUCCUGCCCCUGCCCCGCCAUCGGACGUAAACACGAACCAAUAUGACAGCCAGCAACAAUACUACCCGCCUCCCCAACGACAAAGUUCCGUGUCUGCGGCCCGUCCCCCAUCCAGUCUUCAGGCCCCACAGAACCCGCUCAACCGCUUCAGCUCAACCGCCUCGACAUCAACAACCCGUGCCCAGCGUGGUUCGCCUCCGCCGCCGGAGACCCCCGUUGCUGGACCGGGCCAACAGCCCACUUCUGAUAUCGAGGCCCGGUAUGCCGCAGCCGGUAUUGCAGGAACUGGCACUUUGCAGGGCAUGCAACCGCACAACGUUGCCGCCCAGAGACGAGCGCAACAAUACUCGGGCCAACAGCCGACUUUCCAGCAGCCCGCUCAACCCCCUCAACCGCGUCCGUGGACUCCGACCGAGCAGCCAGGGUCUCAACCUCAUGGCCCUCCCACAGUCUAUCAGGGCGCAGAUGUCGUGAGUGAGAAUGGCCAAGGCCCUGCUCAUCCGGGCCAGGGGGGUAUAGUAGCCCACCACCACAGGCUCAUCCAGGUCAAUACAGCAGCCCGCCUCCACAGUCUCACCCUGGGCAAUACAGUAGCCCCCCCGCCGCAAGCUCAUCCAGGUCAAUACGGCACACCGCAGCCACAGACCCAUCCCGCCCAAUACAGUAGCCCUCCACCACAAGCUCACUCAAGUCAAUACAGUGGGUCUCCGUCUCAACAACGCCCUGGAUCUGUGCCGCAACAACAGGAACAACCAGGGAGAGCACCCUCAAACCCUCUGGAACAAGACAUGGAUCGGAUGCGUCUGAGCUCAUCGCCUCCCCCUGCCUAUUCAAGCGUCUCUGGCCCCUCAACUUCAAGUAGCUACCCCGUUGAGAAGGCAAGCGGUGCAGCUGGAGCCGCAGCCGCAGCCGGAGCCGGAAUGAUACACCCCGCUCUAGCAAACCAGUCUCACCCUGCCACAGCAAAUGCGGCAUCUCCACCGGCGGUGUCCGCUCAAGACCAUCCCGCCUUUGCAAAUGAUCCAAGGCAGCAACCGCAGCAAGCGAAUCAGUCGCCGCAACCCUCUGUUGCCAGUGACUUGUCGGGUUUCCAUCACCAGACAGUGCAGGUCGCUUCUCCUGGUCCUUCCGGGGCAACCCCGGCGUCUCCACCGCCUCUCCCCGAAGGAUGGAUUGCCCACAUGGACCCGAGCACGGGGCAGUACUAUUAUAUUCAUCUCCCUACACAGUCCACCCAGUGGGAGUUCCCCAAAGGCCCUACACCGCUCAACCUGAACGACACACCCUUGUCUCCCGUUGCCAGUGUGUACAGCUCUAAUCCACUGGCUUCUCCGGGUCUUUCAGCCUUCGGCAAACAACCUCUUGCCUCGCCUGGUAUGCCAUUAACUCCUGGAUUUGAAAGCCUGCAAUCGCCCAUGGUGACUGGUUUCUCCGGUCCUCCGCCCAGCAGUGGCAUGGAUCUGUACAAGACCACCCCCACCAACGGGGUGUACUUUGGUCCCUACCUGCGCUACACCAACAUGGAUAUCGAGCGUGGAGUCUGGUUAGGAUCGAUUCUACUCGUGACGGACGCUGCUCAGCCACCAACAAUCCACAUGCAUCAAAGCAUGGAUCUGUCUCCAAACCCGCGCCAGUUGAAGGCGCAAAACAUCGCCGCUCACCAGCGCUGGACGUUCUACAGGUACGAUAUUGAUAUACAGAUGGAUGAUGCGGGCCCUGCAAAAUGGACAUACGCCAUCACCUCCCACCUUGGCUGCACCCGCUAUGAGUUCUUGGUCGCUGGUCGACACGAGACAAAUUGGCGGUUCAUCUCCACCUCCGGAAAUGACUUCUCGCUCAGUGUAAACGCCAAUGAACGUGCUCGUCUGGGCGGUGCAGGCUACAUGUGGAAAGACAUCAUGCAGAAGCACAAUGAAAUUGGUGGAUUCCACGCCCAACUAUGUCUCGGCGGUCAGAUCUAUGCAGAUCGCAUGUGGAAAGAGAUUCCAUCUCUCAAGCAGUGGCUGACUCUCAGUGGAAAGGAAUCCAGAAAGAACGCGCCUUGGACUGCGGCUAACCAGCAGGAUGUGUCCCAUGCGUACUUCCACUACUACACCAGCCAUUUCGAUCAGCCCUACAUCCGGGAAUCAUUCGCGCAGAUCCCCUACAUCUGCCAGAUUGACGAUCACGAUAUCUUCGAUGGCUUCGGCUCCUACCCCGAGCACAUGCAGUUCUCCAACAUGUUUAAAAACAUUGGUCGCAUCGGAAUCGAAAUGUACCUACUUUUCCAGCAUCACACAACCCUCGAUCUCCUCCGCAAUGUCAACAAUGACAUGGACCUCUUCACCAUCACCGGCACAGGCUGGCACUUUGUCAAAUACCUCGGUCCCGGAGUUGUGGUCGUCGGUCCCGACUGCCGCUCGGAACGAAACCCUCAUCAGGUCAUGGCUGGUCCCACGUACCAGGGUCUCUUCCCGAAGAUCGCAAUGCUUCCACCGAGUGUGCAACAUUGUCUUUGGAUGGUCGCCGUGCCACUGAUCUAUCCCCGAUUGGAAACGGCAGAGCACAUCGCCCAGACCGUUGCCACUGGAAAACGUGCCGUCACCGGUGCUUACAACGUCCUGGGCAAGGUCACGAGCUCCGUGGCUGGCGUAGUUGGCGCCAAGGACUUUGUAGGCUCUGGCUUUGACUCCGUGAAGCGGGCAGUGGGCAAGUCAGGUCUUAUGGGUGGAAUCCUGAGUCCAUUCGGCGAGUUCAACUCUAUGGAUGAGCUGCGGGAUCAAUGGACGCACGAAUCCAAGGACCUCGAGCGCACAUACUUGAUCCGUACCCUCCAAGGUAUAGCUCACCAAAAGUCCCUGCGUAUGACCUUCCUCUCUGGAGCUGUCAAUGUCUGCGGCGCGGGUCUCGUCCACGACCCUUCAAACCCCUCGGACCACAAGACGAUGUACCAACUCAUCGCCUCGCCCGUCGUUAACACACCUCCCCCCUCGUACAUCAUCAAGCUCCUGCACAGUCACAACAAGCCACUGUACAUCCCAGCCAAUGGCCAUCGGUCAUCUGGUCAGCCCAGCGACACCAAGGAAGACAUGAUGGAGAUCUUCCAGACAGACGUCAACGGCCAGGCUCGCGAGCACCGCAAGCUCAUGGGCCGUCGAAACUACGUUGCUAUUGUUGCCUAUGACCCGGACACUGUGAGCUCACCUUAUGGCCAAGCGCCGCAGAGCUCCAAGAGUAAGCUCAGUCUGGCGGCGGACUUUAUGGUGCAGGGCGAGGGAUCGCUCGGCAAUGUGGUCAAGUUCGGUCCGGUCAUUGUGCCGAGUUUGGACCAGGGGAGGUGA